CCGGAAUUUCCAGAUCAAGAAGACGGACAGCGUCAUUUCGAAGACUUUCGCCUUGCCUGGUGCUUUUUUUCUGUUUGAUCCAAGCUGCGGUCCAGACACAUUACUUUUUCCAAGUUGGGACGCACUUCCUGCACAUAUUGCGCUCUGAGAAAGAGCACGUUAAACCCGGAGAUUUUCGCAUAAGGCGCACUCCAGCUGCAGCAGUGCAGCAGCAACAGCGCUGCCCCCUCCCAAGGGAAUCCCUGGAACAAAAGGACGGAGUCUCACAAACAAAGCUACUUGAGCUCUUCCAAUGGCACCGCAACAAGCCUCGUCCGCCUCGCAGGCCCCGCUGCUCUCCCCCGCCGAACUUUCUUACCUUUACACAUCUCUCGCUCUCCCAGGGGGACCGAUUCGACCAGACGGUCGAGCACCGGCACAGUUUCGACCUCUCAUUGCAGAAACGGGCAUCGUCCCAGGCGCGAAUGGCAGUGCGCGCAUCGGAUUUGCAGAUGGCUCCGAGGCCAUCGUGGGUGUGAAGGCGGAGGUUGAGAAGACUGUUCUGACAACGGGUACAUUGGACCUGAGGCAGCUACAGCAGCAGGACCAGGAAGACUUUGCUGAAGGGGAUGAGGAUGGAGAGGGCAAAGAAGGAUCCGCAUCGAGGGCGGGACAGGGCUCGUGGGUGCAGAUGUCCAUUGAGAUCCCUGGGUUUCGGGACGACGAUGCGUUGCCGGUCUUCCUGUCCGAAAUGAUGAGAGAAUCGUUGGUUGGUUCAUCCGGGAGGAAGGGUCGCGACGACGACGGUGACGAUGUUAUGGAGGGAGGUCUGAAGGGGAGAUUGGUGAUCAACAAGAGAUGGCACUGGAGGCUGUAUAUCGACAUCCUUCUUCUCUCCCCGCCUACAUCCUACCCUCUGCCUCUGCUCUCUCUCACGACCCAUCUUGCACUGCUUUCCACGAAGCUCCCUAAGCUCAAAUCCCACGGGGAAGAAGAUCCCUUCUUCGAAGACGACUGGGACCUCGCCGAAUACCUAUACCCACGUGCUCGACCUGGCACAAACGCAUCUCUGCAACAAGUCCGACCUCCAAUUACUCUGCUUGUGAUCUCCGCUGGCGACAAUGUCAUCUUCGACCCUACCCGGGAAGAGAUCGCUGUUGCUGAAGCGGUCCUCGCCAUUUCCGUCGCCCGCGAAUACGAAACAGAAGGCCUGAAACUACUCUCGAUCCGCACCAUCGAUCCCCCAUCACGAUUGACGCAGCCCGGCGUACCGGACUCCGAGAACGUGGCCACGUUAGGCUCCACAGCAGCUGCAGAGGAGGCACAGAUCCUCAACCCCUCUACGAGCCAGGAAGACGUCUCCGGAGUCUGGAGACCCCGACGAGGUGGCGUCAAGCGAAGUGCGGUUGCACGCAUGGUCAAGAUGGUGCUUGAGAAGGGCGGUGUUGGCGAUGAAGUCAUGGAGGGAUUGGAGGGGGUGGAAGUUCACUAGGUAUAUAAAACGCGAAAGCCAUUCGCUUUUGGGGUUUGAUAUUUUGCUAUGCUAUGCUAUGCUAUGCUAUGCUCCUCACGGCGUUGCGUCGCGUCUUUUACUUCUGGGGGGUUUUUUUUUUUUUUUAACAACAUCUUGAAAUGGAGUUUCCGGAUUCGAUUCUAUUCCUGCAUCGCGAACGGGUUAGAUGUAUGUACAUGUACUUUUAAAAAGGGAUGGGGUGUGCAUGAAAAGAAAAGAAAAAAAGGUUC